ACUGUAAGUAUUCCCGACGGAAGUGUUUGUCCACAUUACCGUUGGUUUCCGGGUUGAGUGUCGGACACUGUCGUGCAAACAUGGCGACUCACAUGUCGAAGUGUAGAAGCUGGAGUCGUGUUCACAGGUUUGGACUAGCAGCUUACAGAAAGUACAGCAGUGGCAGCGGAUAUCCGAACAUCCCUCUCUCCACACCACUGCCAGGAAUCCCCAAACCGGUGUUUGCAGCCGUGGAUGGUCAGGAAACAUACGAGACCAAGAUCACCACCUUAGAAAACGGACUCAGGGUUGCUUCACAAAACAAGUUUGGACAAUUCUGCACAGUGGGAGUGUUGGUGAAUUCUGGCUCCCGAUAUGAAGCAAAAUAUCCAAGUGGAAUAGCAAAUUUUUUAGAGAAACUAGCCUUUUCUUCCACAGCUAAGUAUGGGAGUAAAGAUGAAAUCCUACUUACGCUUGAAAAACAUGGAGGAAUAUGUGACUGUCAGACCUCGAGGGAUACCACCAUGUAUGCAGUAUCUGCUGAAGUCAAGGGUUUGGACACUGUAGUCAAUCUUCUCUCAGACGCUGUACUGCAGCCUCGUCUGCUGGACGAGGAAAUCGAGAUGACCAAAAUGGUGGUGCGCUUCGAGCUCGAGGACCUGAACAUGAGGCCGGACCCUGAACCUUUACUCACAGAAAUGAUUCAUGCUGCUGCAUAUCGAGAUAACACCGUUGGACUGCCGCGAUUUUGUCCGAUAAAUAAUGUGGACAAGAUCAACAAGGGAGUUCUUCAGAGAUACUUGAGCACCUACUACUGUCCAGAACGAAUGGUGCUGGCUGGAGUUGGAGUGGAGCAUGAGCACCUAGUAGAAUGUGCCAGAAAAUACUUGCUGGGAGUGGAGCCAGCAUGGGGAUCAAGUAAAGGCUCUAAUGUUGACCUGUCAGUCGCACAGUACACUGGAGGCAUUAUCAAGACAGAGAAAGACAUGUCAGACGUGAGCCUCGGCCCCACCCCUAUCCCUGAGCUCACCCACAUCAUGAUCGGCCUGGAGACCUGCUCCUUCCUGGACGACGACUUCAUCCCUUUCGCUGUGCUGAACAUGAUGAUGGGUGGAGGAGGCUCCUUUUCAGCGGGCAUGUUCACCCGUCUGUACCUGAACGUGCUCAACAGGCAUCACUGGAUGUACAACGCCACCUCCUACCACCACAGCUAUGAGGACAGUGGUCUGCUGUGUAUCCACGCUAGUGCAGACCCCAGACAGGUGCGAGAAAUGGUGGAAAUAAUAACCAGAGAGUUUAUUCAGAUGAAUGGAAACACAGGGCAGACAGAGCUGGAGAGAGCCAAAACUCAGCUCAAAUCCAUGUUGAUGAUGAACCUGGAGUCACGUCCGGUUAUUUUCGAAGAUGUCGGUCGGCAGGUUCUCUCCACGGGGAAGAGGAAGCUUCCACAUGAACUGUGUAAUUUGAUAAACAACGUGACAUCCAACGACAUUAAGCGAGUGACUACGAAGAUGCUGCGGAGUAAACCCGCAGUCGCUGCUCUGGGAGACCUGAAGGAGCUGCCGUCUUUCGAACACAUCCAGGCCGCCCUGUCCAGCAAAGACGGACGCCUGCCUCGCACGUACCGUCUGUUUCGGUAGAGCCUCCCUACCGAGAAGCCACUGAGCUUUUAUGAACUGACAAACCUCUCCGAACAGAAAGUGGAGCCACAGCCGAGUCGAGGCUUGAAGGUCAUCCCCCGGGAAAAAAAGCUACAUUUCACACAGCAGCUCGAGUAUACAGUGUUUAUUUGUUCCUGGUGGGUGGAGUCUUACGUUGGGGUGUACUGAUGAUGGUUUUAUAAAAAGACAGUUUAAACCUCCAAGCUCACAUUUGAAUAUUCAUUUACCUUAAAAACUGAAUUAUUCUUUUUUUUAUUCCCUUGCUUUUUUAUUUUUUUAACACAUUGGAAUUUAAACAAGGUGAAAGAGGGAAGUGCAGUUGUAAUGCAGUCGACUGCAGGUUUUCUCUUUGUCCCUGUCAAAUAUAUUGAAAAAAAGUAAGAAUUGUAAUAUUUAUCCCAAAGCACUUCAUAAUCUGUGGACAAACAUUAUGGAGCACUGGUAAAGAAAUCAGUGAGCCCUUUUACAAAUGUCGUGUUGACCGAAAACUCUAUCAACGAUUUCUCAAAUGUUUUGGAAAGAUCUAAAGCCUUUUUCUGUCAUUGUGAGUGUGACUGUAAAUUUCAAUAAACACAGUCUUAAAAUGUAAACCCACUGACCAUUAAAUGUAAUUAUACUUUUAAACCAAAA